GCCUGCCUUUUAUAGGCGCUGCAGCCAAUGAGCGCUCUCUUUUCCUUCUGCCCGCCCGUCCGGCCAAUCGCCGCGCCCCUUGUGUAAUCUUCGGCUCCUCGGCUGCUCUCGGCUAUUUUCGUUGUUGCUGGCUUUUUCAGGGGCAGUUCGCUCGCAGCCGGAGACGCUGCUUUUUUUUUUCCGGGUUCGGAGCCGUUCCGGAUGCUCUAGGCUGCCGGAUGUCUGAUCUCCCGAUAACUGAGGCGUUUCUGUACAUGGAUUAUCUGAGAAUGUCUGAAUGUAUCCAGAUCUCAUUUGCUGUCUGUAGAAUUGGCAUUUACACGUGUUUUAGAGCACUCUGCUGCAAGGGACCACCACCUGCGCGCCCAGAGUAUGACCUGGUCUGCAUAGGCCUCACGGGCUCUGGCAAGACCAGCCUCCUGUCCAAGCUCUGCAGCGAAAGCCCCAACAGCGUGGUGUCGACCACAGGUUUUAGUAUAAAAGCAGUGCCAUUCCAGAAUGCCAUCUUGAAUGUAAAAGAACUUGGAGGGGCUGAUAAUAUCCGGAAAUACUGGAGCCGCUACUACCAAGGAUCUCAAGGGGUAAUAUUUGUAUUAGACAGUGCCUCUUCAGAAGAUGAUUUAGAGACUGCUAGAAAUGAACUGCACUCAGCUCUUCAGCACCCACAGUUAUGCACUUUACCGUUUUUAAUAUUGGCCAAUCAUCAAGACAAGCCAGCCGCUCGAUCAGUACAAGAGGUCAAAAAAUAUUUUGAACUUGAACCACUUGCACGUGGAAAACGCUGGAUUCUGCAGCCCUGCUCGCUGGAUGACAUGGACGCACUGAAAGACAGCUUCUCUCAGCUGAUAAAUUUGUUAGAAGAAAAGGACCAUGAAGCUGUAAGAAUGUGAAAUUUGGUGAAGAAAAUGGGUUCCCACAAGGCCUUGAACCUAUCAUGUUAGUUUCUCCGUUUAAUUUUAUUUUGGUAUCAAGACUUUAAUGGCUUCAGUAUCUGUUUUCUUCCAGUUAUCUCAGACUCUCAUCUCUCUAUUAAAGUGAAUAUUCUGUAAAUCAGGUGAACUAUCGUCGGCAUUACCGUCAAGUAUACACUACUGAGAGAGAAUUUAUUCUCUGUUUACCACUAAUUAUCUUCACCGCAUGUCUCUUCCUUCUGUUGUUCUAAGCGUCUCUUCUCUAGUGUGUGCUAAAAUGGAUGGAAUUCGUGGCUCCCAGAAAUCAAAUCCCUUAUGGAAGACUCAGGGAGACCGAGAACCUCGGCUCAUUUACCCUGGGUUUGGGGUGGAGUACUGUGUGACUAGGGCUCCCCCAUAAUAUGGGUAUCAUUUUCAAGAUCUCUUGGGGGUUUUAUUUUAUCUUAUUUUUAAGUUUUCUGUAUACUGGCCUUACAGCGUAUGGGAGAAAAAUGAGCACCAAAAACUUCAAUUAAUCACCUUACCAGAAACGAGUAUCCUGCCAUAGUAAAAUUGACUUGGAAGAACUUAGACAAGUUGCCUACUCUUUUUUUUUUUUUUUAAUUACAUCUGAAAUCUCCCUCAAUCCCCUCUUUUAAGAGCAAAGACAUUGUUUCUGUUUUCAAGAAGAGUUAGAGGAGAUUUAGGCACAAUGCAUGCAUCACUCAUUACUAUUCCAUCAAGUCCUCAAAUAUUUUUUUAAUGGAAAAAUUACCCAAUGUAAAGUCGAGCUGCAGUGUAACAUGUUUCUAAAAAUCUUUUUCUAAAAAUCUUACGUCUGAUUGAAAUAGAGAAAAUAAUUUUUAAAAUAAGAGAUAAAAAAUUUUUUAAACAGCCAAAUGAAGUAUAGUUUAUACUGGCUAGGGCUUAAGCUGGCGUGGAUUUGACAAAGAUAAUAAAGGCAGAAUCAUCUGUGUAUUCAUUCAGUAAGUGCUAAUGUAGUUUAAUGGAGUCUGUUAAUGUCCCAUCCAGUAAUUUAAGGUCUAUCAGUAUUUCUCUUAUAAACCUCUAUUUUCAGGGGUUUCAGUAUGCCCUUAAAAAUGUGCUGGGGCUGCAGCAAAUAAAUAAUUUUAAGGCCUAGAUUCAGUCUUUGGAACUAAUUUUUUUUCAUUUAGUUUAAAUGAUAAAAUUAUACAGAUAAAUGUACAGGUUUACUAAGUUUUGGCACCUUGGACCUUUUCUAAAUCAGGAAUAAUCUAUGGAUAUUGAGGUUAAUGGAUGAAAUACUCUUUGGCACAUUUUGCAGAUUUGGGGCCACUUAAAAUACCAAGUGACCAAAUGAUAGAAGACUGCUCCCUUCACCUGAGCAAUAAAACAUGUUUGCAAUUUUUAGGUAGCAUCGACUGAUUCCCAAAUACCACACUCACACUGUAUUACAGGGUGAUGUAAUACCUUGUAAUUCUCCAGAAGGUAUAUGUCAUUCAAAUUUUGCUUUUGUGGUUUGAUCUUGUAGGUGGAUUUUAAUGAAAUCAUUACCUUUGAAACAUCGAACACUUCUUUUAAGCUUUUUUUUUUAAUGGAGUGGAUCAAAAAAGAUUCACGUUCAAAUUUUAUCUACGGCAUCCCUGAAUAUUAUCAACCUUAUAUAAUCCGUGAGCAGCACAAAACUUUUAUUCCGAUGACCACUUACAAAAGUCCUGCUUUUAUUUCAUCCUGUUGUGCUCAUCUUCUAUGAAACAUAAAUGAUUAUUAGGCAUUGCUUUCUCUGCAAGUUCAUUAAAUGGAGAAUGUUAUCUUUUUAAGAUACCGUGGCUGAGUGCUCGUAAGACAUCUGUUAAAUGACUUCCCGUUGUCUGCGUGUGUGUUCAUGUGUGCUCCAGGGAUGGGCUUCUUCUCAGACCCACGACUGUCUGCAGUGUCUCAGCCGUCAGAAUGAAAACAUUAUCAAUCAGUACCCAACAACAGCUGUUUUUGACAAGUUUCUGUCUGACGCCUAAUGCUUUACAACUGUCAAUAAGGCUCCUUCUUUGUCUAGCAGUUCAGAGCUCGCAGUCUUGCUGCUUCCGUGCGGCAUCCUGUCCUUGUAACCCUAGAAUUUACCGUGUUUGGGAAAUCCACGUAGGGGGAGGGGAGAGGGCUUGGACGGACAUGGGUGGGUGGGUGGUGGGUGAACGUGUCUGUCGUAUUCCUACUUGUAAAAUGCCACAGGUGUCUUAGUUUGCAUAUUCAAAUAUUAUAUAGGAAAAACAGUCUGUUAUGUAUUUCUUCACUUAGCUUCUCGUUAUAUUUAUGGAAGUUAUCAGUUUUUGUACCUUCUUAGCUCAAGCAGUUGCCUUUUUGUAAUGGCAAUUAAUUUAUAUGACAGAACUUUGUAUCUCCUGUAGUUUACAGUAUCAGUUGCUAAUUAACUGCCAUAUUGCCCUGUCUUUCUAUUAAAAAAUUCUGUAUCUGUACUUAGAGGUUAACAGAUUCAUGUGGACAAUGGCCAGGCAAGAAGAACUCGUAUUGUCCGUGAUUUAUAUAUGAUUUCCACUAUCUUCAAAUGAAAAUAAACGCUGAGUAGAA